AAAAUUCUAAAGCAGGUAUUAUUGUAUUUGUACUUGUACACGCCACAAAGGUGUAGGGAAGGUUCCGUGAUUAUGAUUUUCGCAGCGAUUCGGAUAGCGAAAGCAAUCCCCCACCCCUAAUUUUGAUUUGUGUCGAGGAAAGGACAGGUCUUGGAACCCUAACCGCACCUCUCUCUUUCUUCCCGUGUGCGUCAAAGCGAAGCAUCGCGACACGAUGGUGUUCUACUUCAAAGCGCGCCCCGAAGCCGGCGAUUUCACCAUCUUCAUGGGCCUUGACAAGUACGAGAACGAGGAACUCAUCAAAUACGGUUUUCCCGAAGACAUCUGCGAAGAUUUUUAUGCUGUUUCGCUUCGAUGUUUUGCAUCACCUAGAAAGUUGAAGGUUCCAUGUCGAUAAAAUGUCUUCAGCCCAUGUCUAUGUCAGGUUGCACAAAGGCCAGACCAUCGAUGACAUGAGUGAGGGUUUACUGGAAGACUGUGCUCAGCUUGUCAAAGCAAAUUCAAUUCAAGGAAAUAAAGUGAACAAUGUCGAUGUUGUUUACACACCCUGGUCUAAUUUAAAGAAAACUGCUUCAAUGGAUGUUGGCCAAGUUGGUUUUCACAACUCAAAAAUGGUUCGAACUGUAAGAGUUGAGAAGAGGAUAAAUGAGAUUGUUAACAGGCUAAACAAGACAAAAGUGGAAAGGAAACCUGAUUUGAAAGCUGAGCGAGAAGCAGUUAAUGCAGCUGAGAGAGCUGAGAGAAAACAACAACUGAGAGAAAAAAAACGUCGGGAGGAAUUGGGAAGGCUUGAAAAGGAGAAACAAACAGAGCUUAGGAGCUACAAGGGUUUGAUGGUUGCAGAAAAUAUGACAUCCAACAAACAAAUUGCAUCAGGAAGCAAAUCAUUACAGGAACUGGAGGAGGAUUUCAUGUAAUCAUUUAUUGGGUUAUGGACAGAUGACUGGUGGUCAACUUACUACCUGGCAGAUUUAUGUUUUUGAUUAACCAACCCUACUUUGGAUUUUGAAGCUGCAUUAUCUUGGUUGGUUGAGGAAACCAAGUAGUGUGUACACAAAUUGUGAUUGAGGGAUGCCGGGUGGGGAGGUGAAUCCUGAUAAGGUCAAUAUACCUUAUCUACAACUAUAACCUUGCUUUAGACAAUGGUUUUUGUUAUUUAAUGUUCUCACAGUCGAGUCAAAAACUGGAAUUUCGUGCUAUUUUUAUCGUGGUCGUUUACGCUAGUCGGGUUUUGAAAUUUGUUUCCCUCUUUGAAUUGGUGUUCACUGCUUGCGAAAUUAUUGGGGACAUUAUGUAGUGUUUAUGCUACAUGCAAUGAUAAUACUCUUGUUGGGAACAUUAUGUAGUGUUCCCUGUUUGGAAUAUAGGAUACAUACUAAUAUUGUUACCCUGUAUUUAGGAGUGAAAAUUGGGCAAAUCACUUCUCGAGGGUGAAGAGUUAGGUAAUGUUUGUUAUUAGUUGAGGGACCUUCAAUAUUUGUUCAAAAAGUGAAAUGGAAAAAAAAUUGUUUGAUUUUUAA